GCUUACAAUGUCUAUCUGUCGGGCGCUAAAUUAUAGACUCUCUGUGGCGCAUGCGCAUGCUGUAUGAACAAUGUAGCUUCACUUGGGCUGUUUGUCUACUUUAGGAGGCGCUUGUGCCCGCGUGUUACUUCUCCUACACCCAAAGCCCAUUCUUCUCUCUCAUCUCUUUUAGUUGACCAAUCCCGUAACCAUGAAGUCUCUAUUCUUUGUCUUUCUUGCCACAACAGCAGCAACGGAAUUUCGUCCCUAUCAUAACUACAUGUACAACGAGACUUUCAACGCCACUGGCGCAGUCAUGGCGGUCGGCUACGACAUCUUCUCGUCCACGCCCACGCAUCUCAACUGGACCUUUGAGAGGCGACUUUAUGAAAAUGAAACUGGGAAUUUCACCGAAAAGGUUAUGCACCUUAAACCGGACCAUGGUAACUUUAGCGAGACAGCCGACAACUGGAAUGUCUGCUGGGCAAUUGCCAGCAUUAAGGACAGCCGAAAGAGCACAGAGCCCGUGCCUAGUAACUGCAAGGGCGUCGUCAGCAGCGAUUGCCUUAGUAGGCUAGGCAAGACUCUUUGUGGUCCGGAUGGUGCUUCUAGUAGUAUAGAAACGCAAAAUGCGUGUGGAGGGGAUUUGUGGAUUGGUGGAAUGAACUAUACCAGACUAAGAAACCAAACGGGAAAUGGCAUCAACUUGAUUGGCUUGUUUGGCUUUUCCAGUGACUAUGACAAAUACAUGAAGGAGAGCGUGGUGGUUGCUCUCCUGUUUUCGCAAGGCCUGAAUGGGUUCUGGAAGCCUGACGCGCUAGACCCUCCUGCUAUAAACUGCUUUGGAACUGACAAGACCAGCCUAGGAAGCAGAGACUUGCAAACUGUGCUCAAGUCGUCGGCCUCAUCGGUUGCGGUCUCAUAUGCUGUGGGACUUACUGUGCUGUUAGUGAUACUUUGAGCGAGCUAUCUGUAGAAAACAGGUAUAGUAUCUUAUGUAAUUAGUGCC